UUAUUCUUCCCUCGGUAGGCCUUCGGAGCGGGCGCACACGAGGUCCGAUCCAACUAACGACGGCUUCAGAAAGCUUCAACCGAAGAGAGCAAAUAAUCAUAAUAAAACAAGUUUUUUGUUUGUGAGAUGUGUUUUGUGUUUGAACGCGCCGCGAGAGUCCUGAGCAAGCCAAGCGAGCAAGUACCGAAAGGACAGUGUGUGUGUCCUCGUGCGAAGAUUUGACCGUCGUCGGGAUACGCGGCAGAACGUCGCGAGCAACGAAACGGAACGCUGCUGUGUGUGGUGUCGCGACCGCAUUAGAGAUCGUCGGAUCGAUGAGUCGAAUCCGGAAGAUGAUAAUUGCAGUUGUUGUUAUGUAAUAAGUGCAUACAUAUAUUGUUGUUGUUGUAGUGGGUGCUCCCUACUGCAGAACGGUGUCAAUUUGAAUUUUACCAAAUUUUAAGUAGUUGCCAGAGAGAGAGAUAUACCAGUGUUUUUUUUUUAAAUUCGAUGUGUAGUGUUGUUGUUCGCGUCAGUAUUAUGAUAUAGUGGAGCAGAUUUUGUGCGCGACCCUUGUUAUCUGUGAUGCGAACUUCUUCGAAGGGGAAAAAUUUUAUCUAGUUUUAUACACCGCGAAAGUCGUCUCCGUAAGGCUAAUCAUCAUAUAUAUGCAUCAGCAAAUUUAAAAGUGUCAUAAAAAUUUAUCUUAACGAGGCAAGAAUAGAGAUUGUUGGCAGUCGAGUGCUAUUUUUAUAUAUUUACAUACACAAAAGUGUGAGUGCGAGUGUCUGUAUUGUUGUUCCAAAGUGUGGGCAUUAGCCAGACCCGAGUGUAUCACCUUGAUUCGUAAUCAAGCCGCCGCGAGUGAAGAUCUGCUGCUCCCCGCAUCCGCAUCCACGGUGCGCCUCAUCCGCGUGGAUCCGUUUGCGCUUGUUGUGCGCCUCAAACGAAGACGAAGUCGGUAGCGCGCGAUCAAGAGUGGGUUUUUUAAUCUAAUUUACAAUCAUUCCGGUGAUACAUAUACUACAAGUGGUACACAGUACAGUACAAAUCAACGAAGCGACAAAGUGAUCGGUCUGUUGAAAUCGCUGCUGGAUCAUCGCGCAUCGCGCUUCCCUUCCACAAAGAUCAAGUGCAACUGUACGCGAAAAGUUUGGCUGUCGGAGAGUUCCAAGGUCGAGCGUUUGUAUGUGUGUGCCUAGAAGAAGUGGUGAAGCUCGAUCACCCACUCAACGAUUGCGUGCACACAUCUGUGUGCAUGUAUAUUCUGUUCUUACGGUGUACACAAUUAGCUCAGCAGCAGCCGAAUCUCCAAAGUGAACGAAUAAAAUAACCAAAAAGUAUAAUGUGUUGAGAGCGGCAAUUGGCGUUCUGAAGAAGAAAUAAAAAGUGAAAGCAGUAAGAGUUCGCGGUAGUGGUAUCCUUUCGCGGGGAGGAGAGUCGCCGAUUUCUUGGUUUUCUCCCUUCUGGGGAGGUGAAAUAUGUACGAGGUGGCAACUCACGCGGGCAAUAAACUAGACGCUGCGUAUGCCAUCAAGAGCCUCUCGAACAUCAUGGGACAGAUAUCGUCGAGUCAGACGGCGACGGCCACCAACAAUAACCAUCACCAUGGGGCAGUGGGGCGCAACGGGAAGAAAAUCUAUCACCGGCACUCGUCGGUCCAGCCGGCCCUGGCCAAUAUCAAGCUGCUGAAGAAGGAGAACUCCUUCAGCGCCAAAGAGCACCAUAUCAAGGAUCCGCUCCACAAGGCGCGCACGGAAAGUAAGAACAUUGACCAGCUACUGUUGGUCGCCAAUGGGCAGAGUAUGGUGGUCCCACCGGUCAGCACGGCGACCACCGCCAGUAACGAUCUGAAUCUCAGCCGGGAUGACACGACCCAAAACUCGGGGACCGUGUUCAGCUCAACCAGUAGCAAAGAGUUCUUCAAAUCGGGUGAUGCCUACCACAAGACUGACGGUUGUUACUACAAAACUCUGGACAAUGGUUACCACAAGUUACCUACCGACUCGUAUCACAAAACGACCGAGGGUUGCUACGUCAAGCUGCCGGACGGCAGCUUUCGAAGGUUAGACGAUAAGGUACUCUCCAUGGAUGCCAACGCCGUCAUCGGAACCACGACCGGUGGCGGCGACCACAGCACACCGCCGAGUCGGAACGACGACUCGUCCGUGCAGUACCGGGUCAAGAACCCGAUGAUGAAGUUUCUCAAACGUUCCAAAUCCCACACACCCGCCACCAUCGCCCAGCUCCAGAAGGAGAAGGAGAAACACCGACUCAGUACAAUCCAGUCGCCGGCUGUGGACGCAGGUCGUCCGCCGGUGUCCCACCAGCAGCAGCAGCAACUUUCGUCGCAGCAGCAGCCGCCGCAUAACCAUCGGCACGAGUCGAAAUCGCAACAUUCCAGUAGUAGUCAAUCAUCUCAACAGCAGCAGCAACAGCAGUCGCAACAGCAUCAACAUCAUCAGCAGCCCGCGCCGAACCAGAAUCGGCGCGUCAUGGUUACCAUGAUCGAUGGUGGUCUGCCGGUGGUGGCCAAGAGCAAACCCAUCCACGAUAAACCAAAAAGUGCCAAAGCUCGGACCCAGGAUGCCACCAGAGAGAAGGGUUCACCAAACAUGCAGAUGCGCGGAACCGGUGCCCGAUGGCGACCGGCCGAGGAGCACAUCGGCAAGUACAAACUGCUGAAAACCAUCGGCAAGGGUAACUUCGCCAAGGUGAAACUGGCCAAGCACGUGCCCACGUCCAAAGAGGUCGCGAUCAAGAUCAUCGACAAGACACAACUGAACGCGUCGUCGCUGCAGAAGCUGUACCGAGAGGUUAGAAUAAUGAAGCUGCUGGACCAUCCCAACAUCGUGAAGCUGUUCCAGGUGAUCGAAACGGAAAAGACACUCUACCUGGUGAUGGAGUACGCGUCCGGUGGCGAAGUGUUCGACUACCUCGUGCUGCAUGGUAGAAUGAAGGAGAAGGAAGCCCGGGCCAAGUUCCGACAGAUUGUGUCCGCCGUUCAGUACUGCCACCAGAAGCGCAUAAUCCACAGAGAUUUGAAGGCAGAGAACCUGUUGCUCGACAGCGAAAUGAAUAUCAAGAUUGCAGAUUUUGGCUUCUCGAAUCAGUUCACACCCGGCUCCAAGCUGGACACUUUCUGCGGUUCGCCGCCGUACGCCGCACCCGAACUGUUCCAGGGCCGCAAAUACGAUGGUCCAGAGGUGGACGUGUGGUCGCUCGGGGUCAUCCUGUAUACGCUGGUCAGUGGGUCACUGCCAUUUGACGGUGCGACGUUGCGGGAGCUGCGGGAGCGUGUGCUGAGGGGAAAGUACAGGAUUCCUUUCUACAUGUCAACCGACUGCGAAAACCUGCUGAAGAAAUUCCUCGUGCUCAAUCCGGCCAAGCGGGCCAGCCUCGAGUCCAUCAUGAAGGACAAGUGGAUGAACAUGGGCUACGAGGACGACGAGCUGACACCCUACGUUGAACCUAAGCCCGAUCUGAAAGAUCAGAAACGGAUAGGUAAGACGGAAGCGCUAGUUGCGAUGGGCUACAAUAGGCAAGACAUAGAAGAAUCCUUGACAUUCACGCGAUACGAUGAUGUUUUUGCCACUUAUCUGCUUCUCGGAAGAAAAAGCACGGACCCCGAGUCGGACGGCUCCCGGUCCGGAUCGUCCCUGUCGCUACGUAAUAUCGCUGGCAAUGAGGGCGCCGCCACUGUCAACUCUCAGGUGCAGAGUCCCACCCAUCGGGGCGUGCAUCGAAGCAUUUCGGCGUCGAGUACAAAACCGAGCAGACGGGCCUCGAGCGGCGGUGAAACCUUACAGAUUUUCCAACGUUUCAUUACAGGCGUUGGCCCGUCGGCAGCAGUGGCCGCAGCAGCUGCAGCGGCCGGUGGAGUUGGCGGCGGAGGUGGCGGCGGCGUCGGCGGUGUUAACGUGGCUGCUGGAACCGCGGCAGCAACAGGUGUCUCCACCGGCACUGGCACUGGUGGUGCCGGUGCGAUAAACAACACCACGAGCAGCAACAAUCACAGCUCAGGAGUGGGCAGCGGCGUCUCGGAACGGAGCUCAGUCACCAGUAACUUCAAGCGACAGAACACAAUUGACCCAGCCACCAUCAAAGAGAACACGGCAAGGUUAGCCGCACAAAAUCAGAGGCCAGCCUCGAGCAUAACCAAACCGAUUACAUCGGCGGAUAACUCAUCGAUCUCAAGCCCGGCUAAGCCUCGUACCGCCAGCACGACCGGCGGCAAGUUUGACCCAAGCAAUGGUCCUCGAACGGUUGGUCCCAGCGCCGGCAUGAUGCCCCGGCGGUCCACCACUCUGUACGAGAAAACAUCUUCAACGGAAAAGACAAACUCCACCACAGAUCCAACCUUCAUUGGUCCAAUCCCGGAAUUCACGCGCGGCAGUUCGGCCGGUGCGGGCAGUGGCAAAGGUCACGUGAAGAGUGCGUCCGUCUCGAGCCCCGGACCGUCGGCGGACAGUAGUGCCAACAACGCCGCCACAACCGAUCCCCUCCGUCAAAGCAUGGUGAAUCGCAAUAGUCUUACACCAGCCGUUAAUUCUUCCAGACAACCGGUUGCAUUUCCCAGGAAUGUUCCAUCGCGAUCGACUUUCCACUCGGGCCAAACCAGAUCCAGAAACAGCACGACCUACGCCGGUCCAGGAGGCAACGUUGGCGACUCGCCGCACACUGGCAAGACUUUCCUGCAAAGACUUACGACCAGAUUCAGCAAACGGUUUAGGGUGUUUAGUAGUUCUAAGGAGACAGAUAAAGAUACCUCGAACUGAGCGCAGCUAUUGUUGCCGCGAAGAUGCAUGCGAUAGCCAAUAAAUACGUGUUCUUUGCGAAAGGGUCCGUUCGGAAACAAAGCAAUACACAAAAGAACACUAUCAACUAUUAGCCACAGCACUAUUAGCGUCGAAAGUUAUUACGAACCGUAGGAGUGUUAGGUUUUUCUAGUAUAUUAUUAUCUACUCGAGACACUUCCUGUUUGUUGUUCCGUAAUUUUUUUUUAUUACAAACUCUAUUUUGUUCCUUCCCCCACACCGAAGUUAGGAGGGAAAUCAAACUUAUCGAUUUUAAUUGGGAUUAUUAAUCGAAUGGUUUUAACACGUUAGUUAAUAUAUUAUAUACACCUUAUUGAAACAAAUGAAAAAAAAAUUAAUUCAAGAGCUGGUAACAGCCAGCCCAUCAGACCAAGGUGAUGUUAAUUAAUGUUGUAGUUAUAUAUUCGUAAUAUUAAUCGUUUUGUAAGCAUCGAAAUGUUUAGGAUUUAUAGGUACUAGUUGAAAUUAUUGUGUAAUUCCAAAUAUUACAUUGUCGAUUUUGAAAGAGAGCGAAAGAGAAAGAGAGUAGUUGAUGUUUUGUAAAAAUUGAUGAUAGACAGUAGAGAGGCAAAAUCAGACGAAAACAUUAAAGGAAUGCCCCAAGAUGAUGUGAUUCUUCGGUGUGUUUGGACGUUUGAUUCACGACAAUGACUGGCGAUUGAUGCCGCGCUGCCCCGCCGCCAUGAUAUCCUCCACCAUUCAUGUUAGCAUGAUGGCGCACAAUCGCUUCUCCACCCCGUACCUCACUGUCUGCAUGUUAACCGUUAUCCCACUGACUAAUAACCGCUGAUUCACAUUUUUCUUCUUCCUCUUUUUCAUCAGUCUGUACUAACCAAUGUUCCGUGCUAAUUCUCUAAUCUGUCCACCUCUAACACUAUCGAAUUCCAUCAGAAUCAAAAGAAAAUCAAACCAUACAUCUAUUUCAUGCUAUCGUAUUUCCGUUGCUCAUGUAGGAGAAGAAAAAAGAACAAUAUCACGCCACGAAUAUACAUAUCCAUUUAUAAGUUUCAAGAAUGAAAAAAGGUUGCACAAUGAUUCUUGUUGUCAUAACUACUGUCGUUACUCUAUUAGUUGUUAUCCCGUUUCCAGUUUUUUUAUCUUAACAUUUUAGUUUGUGUGGUUGUUCGAACUUGUUUUAUUUUCUGUUUACACACACAUACAUACCCCGUAUAGUUCGAUGAUACUAACUAACCAAACAUGAGAACUGCAAGCUGAAAAUCAAUGCAAAAUCCAUUUCACUUUUCGAGGUCCGACGAGAGAAGCUCUUUGUAUCGUUCCCCAUGAAAUGCAUGCCCUUGGGAGAUCAUUCAGUAAUUUUAGAAAUCACCACUCGCGUUUGAUGUACGAUGUAAUAACUGUAUUAACGGAUCACAGAAACAUUGGUACACAGAAUCCACAAGAGACACAACAUGAGUCCUGCUCAGUAAAUGCAUAUGGCCUACAGUUGGUUCUCGUCACUUGAAAAUCUCAGGGAUAAGAGAUCAGCUCUGUCGGGAAACAGGUUAAUAAUGCUCCUCGUAUCAGGGUUGAUCCACGAUGAUGAAUGUACAGUAGGGUGCCAAUGGAAAUGGUCAUCUUUAAUUUUAAAAAGUUACAUCAUAAAAAAUGUUUACCACUUCGAAAAAACACCCUAUGCCAAAUAUUAGUUCAAUCGGACUUAAUCCUUUCGUUAAGAGCGUCGUUUAUAGACGACAUCCGCGCGACGUCCUGUGUGUACGAGUGUCGUCUAUAGACGACAUGAAAUUCAUACUGCUCUUCGAUCACACCAGCGCGAUGUGCAUACUUUUCGGCGCAGUGCUCCGUGCAGGGAUAGCACUUCGGCGGAGCACACUGCCGUAAUGAAAGGGUUAAGGGAGAAUGGCGCAAAGCGGUCAAAGUUUAAGUUAUUUGAAAAUCGAAAAAUCACCCAAAAGGGAAGUAAAGGAAAUCGGGGGUUUCGAAUUUUUGUUUGAUGCCAAAUGUCUUAAAAUAGCAUAAAACGUCGAGAUUUAGUGCAACUCGAAACAAAAAUUUUUUAUCAAAAAUCGACACUCUGGGACUUUGGGUACAAAUCAAAAUAGUUAUCUCGAUUUUUCAUUCGGAACUUGUUGCGAAAUGUUGAUUUGCACGAUAAUAUACCCUUUGCAAAAUAUUAGCUCAUUCGAACCUCUUUUAUUAGUGUCACAAACGUAAAAAUUUGAGUUUUUUGAAAAACGAAAGAUCAUUGAAAAUCGGGGUUUUUGAAAAAAAAACUUGUUGGUGUCAAAUGUAUUAAAACUGCAUUAUUCGUCGAGAUUUUCUGUUUUCUCGAAAAAAAAAUUUGUCAAAAAAUAAUACAGGUCGGACUCGAUUAUCCGGAGUAUUGUUUUUUUUUCACUCCGGAUUAUCGAGUCAAAACAAUUUUUUUUCUUUAUUUGUUUUUUUUUGCAAAUAUUUUUCGUUUUUUGAAAAUAAAAGAGGAAUUUGAUUUUUGAUGCAUCCCCUUAAAGUCAGAAAACACCUUUCUCACAUGAAAAAAUUCAUUUAUCCAGAUUCUCUUAGGAGGUGAUAGACGAUCAUAUUUGAUGAAAAAAAAUGUUCGAAUUUCAACAAUAACAGAGUUACAGAACUUUUUUUUGUUUCGCACUCUGUUGCUUCAAACUGGCUCUACAUUAAAAAUACGCUACGGAAGACGAUUCUGAUACUUUCAUUUGAAAGAUGAGAAAAUUUAGUACAGGAUAUAGUAGUGGAACAACUAAAUUAGUGAAUUUUAAUAACAUUUUGGAAGUGAAACACUUAAAAGUUAAUAAUUUUUAAUGUGUUAUUAUUAAUUUUAUCCGAAAAAUUUAUAUUAAACUAGAUUGUUUCUAUCAAUUAAAAUGAAGUUCUUUAACCGCUGCACAGUUUGUUCUUUGACGCACAACUUCUAUUUUUCUCAAUUUGGCUGCAAAAUCUUCAAAAAUCACGAUUUUUACCCCACUAUACAUGUAAUAGCCACUUAAACUUCACCUUAACGUUGAAAGGUUACAUUUCUCCAUGAAAUAAGCCAUAUUUGAAAUAUGAAAAAAAUAUUUUUUUCCAAACGGAAUAUAAUCGAGUCCGACCUGUACUGUAUUCUAUUAGUCAAAGCAUUUCAUUUGAUACCAAUAUUGAGGGGAUUGCAAAAAAUACAUAGUCGACCAUUUUGUGGCGGCGACCUUUUCGAAUUUAUGUUGUUCAUAGUGUAGUGUAUUCUCCAAAUCAAACCAUUCAGCAAAUGCGGCGGCAAAAUUGAAUUUUUCAGGAUCAUGGAAUACGCAGUUUAAUAAUGACAGUAGAAUUAAAUGUAUAUUAAAAUUUCAGAUCAAUCAUUCAAAAAGUAAUUAGUUGUUUGGGGACUGCGGAUUUUUCAUUAUCUGCUAUGUUCUACUAGUCGAGAACUUUCUUUUGAUACAUUUUUGGGCAUUUUUCAUAAAUAACUGUGUUCUACUAGUCAAGCCUUUUCAUUUGAUACCCAUAUUGAUGGGGUUCUGAGAAAAUAGGUAAUCCGCCAUUUUGUAGUGGCCGCCAUCUUAGGUUUGCAUUUUUCAUAAAUAACUGUGUCCUACUAGUCAAGCCUUUUCAGUUCAUACCCAUAUUGAUGGGGUUGUGAAAAAAAUAUAUAUGGCGCCAUCUUACGGUGGCCGCCAUCUUGGAUUUGCAUUUUUCAUAAAUAACUGCAUUCUACUAAUCAAGCCCAUUCUUUUGAUACCCAUAUUAGUUAUUCAAUAUAGCAUUAUUAUACAAAUUAUUCAAAAUUUCUGAAAAUCAAAAAUAAAAUACUCCCGAUAAUCGAGUCUAAAAUUCCGGAUAAUCGAGUCCGACCUGUAGUUUUCCUUGGCACUUGGUCGUUUUCCAUCUGAAAAGUCGAUUUUUGACAAUUUUUUUUAAGAUAACUGUAAAUCUCGAUUUGUCAUGCAAUUUUAAGACAUUUUGCAUCAAUUUUUUUUUUUAAAACCCCGAUUUCCGGUGGUUUUUCGAUUUUCAAAAAACUCAAACUUUGACCACUUUGCGCCACUCUUCUUUAAGUCCGAUUGAGCAGAUUUUUGGCAUAGGGUGUUUUUUCGAGUCGGUAAACAUUUUGUAUAGGGUAACUUUUUGAAAUUUUAGGGUCGGUUUUUUCCCAUACAUUCAUUGGCACCCUAAUGUACAGUGUCGACAUCUGGUGGCGACAACCAUGUUUAUGAGGUAAUCACUCUCCAGCAGAUUAGAAAGCUCGAAAGCAGUUUUAAAUUGUUAAAAUUUGAAAGGAUUUUUUACUUGAUGUUUUCCAUUACUUGAAACACGUGUUCCUGACCUCAACUUAACUAUCUUUCAAUCAGUUUUCGGAUAUUCGCAUUUAAACGAAUCAUUACCUUCUGCCGGGAACCUAUACCGGGAAGUUGUGUUUCUCAAGAAAAUAAUUCAUUUGUCAUCUAAAUUUAUAUUAUUUAGAUGAAAAAAUUUUCGCAUUCAAAAUGGACCCCUUCUGAAGCGAUAUCCAAUUUUCCAACAAACAAUCCAGUCAUCGAAACACUUGUUACAGCUGUAGUCAGGAAUUGCCUUCAGUUCACGCAGCGAGUUAGUUUUUAUGUCUUCAGUGCUGUCAAAACGAAUCCCACGAACGAUAAUUUGAGUUUCGGAAGUAGGAAACAAUCACACCUUUGAACGCAUCUUGUCACCAGCAAUUGUGCGUUGAUCGUUCAAGCAUGUCUUCAGCCAUUUGAGUGCAAAGAAAUCUUUGAAAAAAAAUGAGCUCAUUUGGCACUAGUCGUGCUGCGACUUUUCUCACAAAUUUUAAUGACGAUUUCCGAGCACAGUUCCCUUUAUUCUGUCGAUGUUUUCAUCAGUUAAAGCUCGUUCAUCUCUCCUCGGCCGUCUUCCUUAUACCAUUCAUACACCCGUGUUUCCGACUUAGUCGAGUCGCCAAAUUUUGUUUGCAAACAAAAUUUCACACAAUAUCUUCGACCAAUCGAAUUAUCCAUAUCAAAAAUAGCCGAGCAAUAAAAAGUUAAUUUGUUCUCAAGGCAGUAGUCUAGUCUAGAAAUUUGAAAAAAAAAUCCAUUUUUUUCCUUCAUAUUUCUGUAGUUUAGGCAUUCAAGAAUAUACCCUAGAAAGGACUUAUUGAAAAUCCUAUUAUUUAUCGAGUUAGAGUCAUUUUAGUGAUGCGGUAUCUAACCUGGUACGGCCAUAACAAUGAACUUCAAACGCGUUUUUCUUGAAACUAGUUUUUUCAAACCGGUGUACACGAUAUCUCAAGUUCUACUGAACGGAUUCAUGCCGAAUUUAUAUGCAUACAAUCUACAGGCAUCUCGUUAUCGCAUGAACCUCUAAAAUAUGAUAUUUUUUAAGUUUGACUAUUUUAAAAAAAAUCGGGGAACGUAAGAAAAAACGUCUUAAACCGCAUUUUGUUUUUCAAACGGCCGCCAAGAUGUUUUUGACUUGUCAUAGGUUCAUGCGAUAACGGCAUCUAUCAGAAUCUGUACGAUUUUUUUUGUUUCAGAUAACGUGUACUCCAUGGCACUACUUUUUAAGAACCCUCUCACUUCUUCAGCUUUUAACUAUUUUAGUUAUGAGUUUUUUUUUUCUGCGCUCAAUUUUUGUUCUAUUGUAAAAGGAUAGAUGAACAAAUAAUGAUAUAAUGGAUAUUAAAAACAUUCUUCGUUUAAUGUUUACGGAGCUCGAAAUUGACAUUAAGACUACUGACAGUUGAACUUUAAAAAAAUGUUCAGCAGGAAGAUUUAAAAUAACAAAUUCCCGGUAUAUAUUUGACCAAUCAUCGUAAAACUUCUACGGAUUGAUACAAAAGAGUUUAGAGUUUCCAUGAACUCCCCUGAGCUUUGCUUGAAUUUAAUUAUUUGCUUUCGUGUUUUCAAAAAAACAUUCAUUACUGCUCGAUAAUCUUAUAUUAGACAAAAUAUUGGUUCAGAAUGUUGAACCCUGACACAACGUUCGAUUUAAUCGGAAGAACUAAGAUUCUUUUCUGAUAUGCUAUACAUUACAAUUUCGAAACUCGUAAAUGGUUUAAAUUGAUGAAAUUGGAAGGAAUACUAUUUUUUUAAAAUCUUUGGUUGUUUGCUUUCUUGCCCGUGCCUUCAAUGACUGAUGCAGCGGCGAGGCACAAUAUUUUCAUGUGCCACUGCGAAUCUGCCGCACUGUAUUUGCGCUUGCUCGGAAUGCAAAUACAGUGCUUGCUCUAUGGACGCUAAGGGGGAGGAAAUAUCAGCUUAUUGCAACGGGUGCGAGUAUAAAGGCUAUCACUUGCGAUUCUUAUUUCAAUAUCGUUUUAGCCAGCGGGCAGCAUUUGUUAAGGCUGAGAUUUAAUUUCAAACUUCAUAUUGACCUAUUCAAAGACAACGAGAGAGAGCCAGGCCUGGGAGAGACUACGUCCACGCAAUAAUCAUCAAGUGACGAUGAUCCAGUCUCUCCGUUCACACUUGUUCUACUGCUUUUCAACAAGAAACAUCGGAUUAUUUGUGCUAUUAAUAAAGGUACAAUGGAAGCUUAAUAUCAACCCUUCCACUUAUAUUGGGUUUCUCAAUAAGCGCUAUAAAAGUUUUUUUUUUAAUAAAACUAAAACGGUUCACAUACGGGCCAAAAAUAUUCGGUUAUCAUUGAGCGGUAGCGAUUCCCAUUCACAGUAACGUGCCGGUCUUGAUCAUCACGGAAGAAGUAGGGCCCAAUGACGCCAUCGGACCAUAAACCGCACCAAACCGUAAUUUUUUCAGGAUGCCAUGAUGACUCAUGGAGUACGUGUGAAUUGCUGCCUGAUCAAUAACGCAUAUUUUGCCUAUUGACGAGGCCAUUCAGCCAAAAAUGAGACUCAUCGCUGAAUAUGAUUUUUCGAUGACAAUCCUUUCAAGAUGUUGUUCAGCCCAAUUCACGAACACACGACUCUUCUAGUGGUCAGGCGGCUUCAGUUCUUGCGUCAAUUUGAUCUUGUAAGGAUGUAGGCCAAGAUCUUUUCGCAAAAUUCGCCACAACGACGUCACAAAGAUGCCCAACGCUUGAGAACGAUGUGUGAGAGACUGAUUUGGGUCUUCCUCAAUUGAUGCGCUAGCGGCAGCAGUAUUCUCGACUCUACGGGCACUUCUUUGUCUCACUGGCACGGGGACAUUUUGUAGUGUGCCUGUGGAUUCAUAUUUUUCCACUAAAAGCUCAAUUGUUGAUCUGGCAGGACGAUUAUGACGACCAUAAAUUGGACGUAGCGCUCUUGAAGUUGAGACCAUUGACUCCGAAUUUAUGUAGUAACAUUAUGAAAUGGCAAACCUCACUGAAGAGAAAUGUCAAGAGAGCGGGAAAAAAUAUGACGUUGUUUGUUGUCCCUAUCGGUCUACUUUUGUAACGUCCCUAUUAAAAUACCCUUUAUUAAUAUUUUACACGAUAAAAUGCCGCUCUGAUACAGUUUAAAAUGCUAAUGAGCUUAAAGGAAAAGAAACGCAUGGGAUAAAAAAAUGGAUCCGUUUCAGGGUCAGAAUAAUUUUUACCUUAAAUACUUAUUAACCAUUUAUGGCCGAAUUAUUUUCCCUCGAAAGAGUUCCUCUUGUCUUUCAACGCCACAUUUUCGUGAUUGUAUUAAAUUAUAAAAGUUUUUAGUAUUAUACAGUAUUUGUUCGGUAACUGGGGAAGGAAGAAAACCCACUUAUCGCCAUGAACCGGCAUGUAAAACGUUUCGUUCCCCUUAAAACCUCCACAUGCUAAAUUUGGCAUUUGCUUGAUCAGUUCUCGAGUCAUGCAAAAAUUUGUGUUCCGUUUGUAUGGCAGCCUCCCCUUAAAGAGAAGGGGAGCAGUGACGAACAACCAUAGAAACAUUAAUUGAUCCCUCCUCAUGCCAUAUUUGAUUCCAAUUGUUUGAUUAGUUCUCGAAUUUUGCAAAAAUUUGAGUUUUAUUUGUAUGGCAUCCUCUAUCCCCUAUCGAGAGGGGGAGUAGUGUCAAACCACCAUAGAAACAUUUACUGUCCUCUAAAACCCUCACAUGCGAAAUUUGGUUCCAUUGGCUUAAUUAGCUCUCGAGUUAUGCAGAAACUUAUGUUUCAUUUCUAUAUUAUUUUUUGUUAAAUUAUUUUUGUAUUUUUGAAGAUUGAUAAACAAAUAAUAAAAUAAUUGAUAUUGUGAAUAUUCUUCGUUCCAUUUUUUCAGUGCUCGAAAACUCUUUCGUUGAAAUAAAAUCCAGAAAACUGUCCAUGUACCAGUCCUGAGUAGCUUCUGAAAGAUGUGAUAGAGAUAUUGUUGGGAACAAUAUGGUUGUAGUUUGUCAAAACCACUGUGUGUGACAUCAGCAUUGAGAAAGACUGUUGGCUGCAAGCUGGUUUAACCCCUUGAACGACAAUUUAUUCUCAGUCAGCACUGUUCUGGCUGACGAUUUAAUUUUUUAAUUUUUCUAGAAGCAUGUACACAAGUAUAUCAAAGCAAUAAAUCGAUAUAGGCAUCAAACCUCAAUAGUUUCCACAUUCCGAAUUCUGAGCUAAUCAAGCCGAGGCCGUUCUCUGUCAAUGGUCAGAACCACCACCCUGGCACGUUGCAAUAAGUUGCAAACGGGCGGAGCCUAAAUUUAAAAACUUUCUCUUCUCCUCAGUGUCCUUGGAACAAGCACUGCACUUGCAUUUCGACCGGGCAAUUCACGCGCAGCUGACAGUGAUACAUAACAAUUGCUCUGCACUCAGCGUGCUUCGUGCAUAUUUUGAAAAUUCAUUCAAAAGCAAAUUUGCACGUCCCUCCCUUAUUAUGUUGAGCCCCGCUUCGGUCCCUUGGGGCUGCCGUUAAGCUUUUCAAUAGGAAAGCGCUGACUGACUGGGACUGACUUAUUCGGUAACAUUAUCUUUUGGGAGUUGAGACCGACACUGAUAUUAUGCUCAACAUGUUAAGCAGGAUAGCAAAUAAUGAACCGAAGGUUUUCCGCGGCCGGGGAAAUAUUGCGUUGUUUCUUUUUUCCCUUGGUUAGGAUCAUGCACGAUGGUUACCUACGAUAAUUCAUGAUUUGUUCAAAUUCUGCUCCGUUGUUUUGUUAGUUGACCGUUUUGGUCGGCGCAAUUUGAUUUGACCAAUCAGAACGGUGGAUUUUCGUUUAGAUAAUGUUUUACAUUAUUCAAUUAUUUUUCAAUUGUUUCUUCAACCAAAUUAUUAUUUGAUAUACUCUACAUUACGAUUUCCCCGUGUGCGAAGCCAGUCAUAGCAGAACGACGUGCAUCAUCAUACCCAAGUGGAAUCUUCGAGGAUUUAAUGGACACCUUCGCUGCGGCAAACCGUCAAUCUCAGAACUUCUCCGAAACUGAUGGAGCCCAGAUGGAAGAUUAACUUUCCAUUGAAGAUAAAGCCAAUGGAGUAAUCGUGUGCUCAGUAUAUGAUGAGCUUCAAAUCAGGGCAAUUUGUAAUUUAUGUUACAAGAGAUGAAUGCGAUAAAAUCAAUAAUCAAAAUGAUGAAUAUGUGGACUAAAACAAAUUAUUUUGUAGUCCUACAUCAACAAAAUGCGGUAGGGUCUUGGAAACCACCCUUUAAUUUUUCACCCGGACUAUUCUGUCCAUAACUGGUUCUGUGAAACGGUAGGUUGAUGGCAGAAAAACUUCAAAGAAUUCACGAAGGGACAUUGCAAAACGUCAAAUACAAACAUUUGCUGAAGUUCAAGUCGACAAGCUAAUAAAGUUUCUGGUGACUGGUGAGCUAAGAUCGCGAUGUGUAGUUAGGCAAGUUUGCGGGGUCGAUCGAGUCCAUGGAAGUCGUCGUAAGGCAUACCGUGAAUAUCGUGAAGUGAAGAACAGUGUCUUGAGAGUGUACACAUCCUUGAAGUCAAACGACUACCUUCAAAUGAAUCCGAUCACCGAAAACGCUUUAGUCGCGGUUAAAAUAUUCUCCUUAAACCGCAGUUUCGAGUUUAGUUUGACGUUGCGAACAGGGUGAUCCGACCCGAAUAAGGCACAAAUAAUUAAUUGUCUUGAUCCUUGACGUGUGAAUGAGAUCACCUUGCAUUUUGAUAUGUUGAUUUCCAUCCGAUAUUCAAUGUUGUUUAUAUUGAUUGUCUGCCAUUGCGUUUGUCAUCCUUAGUGGAUUCAGUCAACUCCUGAAAUGGGUAUUUACGUAUGAACGCCACCGAAUUUCUACCAGAAAUUUAUUUUUUCGUAGUAAAAUUUAUGCUAAGUCCUCAUCUAACGAGGAUGAGGAGCCGAGAUGACGCACUCUAAGUCGGCCACCGACCCGCUGAUGGAAGCGGCGUCCUCUCGCACUAAUCCUAUGUUCCAACGAUUGCUCGGCUAGUUUGGAACAUAGGAGACGACCCUUUGGUAAAGUUCGACCGAGCGUUAAUGAAUACAUUGACCUCAGAAUAAAUUUUAUUACGGAAAAAUAAAUUCAUAACAAAUCGAAACGAAUCGAAUCGAAUCGAAUUAGAUAAAUUUGAUCGUUUACCACUUUAUAUACAAAAGAAAAUUGUAUCAAAUUGCAUUGUCUGAAUCUCACACUACUCCAUCAUUCAAAAUUAUCGGUCCAACCACAGAAAAAUUUAGUCAAAAGCCAUAAGUGACAAAGAAGCGUUUCAAGCGGUGAUGACACUAUUUUAUGUGAAAACUAUGGUAAUAAAAAUUACAGUGUACAACAUGAUCUUUCUGAUUUUAUAGUUCUAAAGGCUAUGGCACAAACAUUCGAGUGCAAACACAGAACGCGACGUGAAAAUAUUCAACGAAAACAUUGUGCAUCCUCUCUCACUCUUGACCAGAAACAAAAUACUUGACAAUCAUCAUUAAAAGUUAAAAAUUUAAUAAAAAAAAACAGAAAAAUUUCGGCAAAUUAAACUGGAAAUCAAAAUUAUCUCAUUCCUUCAUCCUAGCAAAGAAGCAAAAAAAGCAGCAAAGCAAACUUUCGGCCGCUUGCAUUAUUCGGUGUUUUCUUUUUUCUAUCUCAGAAGAACCAGAAGACGAGUAGAAGAGUUUGGUGCAAUUCGUAGUCCUCAUCUGUCAAAUCAACCUCCCAAAGGACGGCCCUACUCUUCGUCUUCGAGUCUUCCUCUAAUUCAUCAUGACUGCUCAAACACACACACCUACGAGAAAAAAAAUCUUAUAAAAACCCCAAAACAAAAUACUUCCAACAUCAAACCACAACAACCACAUUUUUUUUAUUCUGAUUGCAAAAUUUCUUCUUUUCUCUUCUCCAUUU